AUGUCUUCGGAGAAGAUAGAGUCGUUCCUGAGUCAGUUAUCCAAUACAGAUUUAUCUAAACUACCUGAGCUUAUUCAGUCUAUCACUGAAUGUCCAGGUUUGUUCGUCUUUGGUGAAUUUCUUGAUCAUCCAAAAAUUAAAUCGAUUGAGAAUGGGGAAUAUUCUCAGUAUUACAACUUAAUGAACCUAUUUUGCUACGGGACGUUCGAGUUACUUUCCACCAACCGGUCUGCAUAUCCUGAUUUACGACCAACUCAAGUUCGGAAGUUAAAGCAGCUCUCGAUAAUUGAUGAAGCGCAUAACCAGAAGCACAUACCUUAUGGUCUUCUGUUUAAGAAGCUCGAUAUUGCAUCUUCAAGAGAACUUGAAGACCUUGUUAUCGAACUUUUUUACCUCGAAGCCAUAACAGGAAAACUUGACCAACAGAAAGCACUGUUAGAGGUCAACUCUGCCAUUGGGCGUGAUAUACGUAUUGAGCAGAUAGAUGAGCUGCAUCAAAAGCUGGAUUCAUGGGGUGCUCGAGUCGAGUCUGUAUUGGCUCAUAUAGCUAAUGAAAUAAAGAUGGUUAAUGAGCGACGAUAUGAAUCCGAGUUACAUCAAAAGGAGAUUUUGGAAGCGUCAUUGUCUAUCAAAGAAGCCUUGCGUGGCCAAAUGGCGAAAUCAGACGCUCAAAGUUUACGGAUGGAUAUGGACGACAUACUGAUUCAUCCAGAUUUAUUAGAAAGUCGUGUAGAAGCAACUCGUCAAAGUUCAAGCAACACUGAAAGUGUUGGUGAUCGUGAUGUUCGCAGUCGAAUAACUGUUUUUAAAAAUCUUCGGCAUGGUAAAUCUUCCAAACAACAGUAG